GUGUCACUGCAAAGGGCAAAGCCUUCUGAAAUAGCAACAAAGUUGUUCACAAACCACUUUGUGGUCUGCAUUUGGUUUCAGCCAGCUUCAGCAACUUGUUGCCAUGAGGAAAAUAACCUGUGCUUUCCUCGCUGGCCAGGGAAGGACCGCUGCCCUGUGACGUGCUCCUGCCCCAAGGUGCAAAGGGGGUGGCAAUGGUACCUGGCCAGAGCACAGAGGACCUCGGCCAGCAGAGCCGGACGAUGAGAGCAGGGGAGGAUGAGAAGAGCAGCCAGGACAGCCGCCGCAGCAGCCGCCACCACCUCCGCCAGCUCCCAGCUGCAGCAGGUUGUGGAACAUUUACUUUUCUAUCUUCUGCUGUUGCUGCCGUAAGUGGACUUCUGAUGGGUUACGAGUUGGGCCUUAUCUCUGGAGCUCUCCUUCAGAUGAGCAGCAUAUUAGCACUCUCUUGCAAAGAGCAGGAAAUUGUUGUAAGUUCCCUGCUUUUUGGGGCCUUAUUUGCAUCCCUUACGGGUGGAUUUCUGAUAGACCAAUUUGGAAGGAGACUUGCUAUUAUUAUUGCAUCUUCUUUACUUGUGUUGGGAAGUCUGAUUUUACUGCCCUAUGAAUCAUACGGGAUACUUAUUGUGGGACGGAUUGCCAUAGGUAUUUCCAUCUCAUUAUCAUCAAUUGCAACAUGCGUGUAUAUUGCUGAGAUCGCCCCGCAGCACAGAAGAGGUCUCCUCGUGUCAUUGAAUGAACUCAUGAUUGUGAUAGGCAUUCUCUUUGCCUAUAUUUCAAAUUAUGCGUUUGCCAGUGUAUCUCAUGGCUGGAAGUACAUGUUUGGCCUUGUGAUUCCAUUAGGUGCUUUGCAGGCUAUUGCCAUGUAUUUCCUUCCUCCAAGCCCUCGGUUUCUUGUCAUGAAAAAUAACGAUGAAGCUGCAAGCAAAGUACUGGAGAGGCUACGGGAAACAUCAGAUGCUACUAAAGAACUUACUGUGAUCAAGUCUUCCCUGAAAGAUGAACAUCAAUAUAGUUUCUUGGACCUGUUUCGUUCAAAAAACAACAUGAGGGCCCGAAUGCUGGUAGGACUUACUCUAGUCUUUUUUGUGCAAACAACUGGGCAACCCAACAUUUUGUUUUAUGCAUCGACUGUUUUGAAGUCGGUUGGGUUCCAGAGCAAUGAAGCUGCCAGUUUGGCUUCUACUGGAGUUGGAGUGGUUAAAGUGGUCAGCACAGUCCCAGCCACGGUUUUUGUGGAUCAAGUUGGAAGUAAAACUUUUCUAUGUAUUGGCUCUUCUGUUAUGGCACUGUCGUUGGUCACUAUGGGCUUAGUGAACCAUAACAUACAUGUGAAUUUUACUAAUGUCUGUAGAAGCCAAUCUCCAGAGGAUUUCUUUCUCCAGAGACCAGAAAACCUCAGCGGUGUCACCAACGGGAGUCUCAAGGACCUCUUUGCUAGCAUGGCUUCACCAGAAAGAUUGUCAUUUGAUGCGCAGAGAAGCCCAGAUGUUGCUAGGACAGGAGAACUGAACAGGACUGCCCUGGCAGGAGGCAAAAGCACAACAGGGUCUCACCUGAAAAGUGGGGAGGUUCCUGCUGUCCUGAAAUGGCUCUCACUGGCCAGCCUCCUUGUUUAUGUUGCUGCAUUUUCCAUAGGUCUUGGACCAAUGUCCUGGCUGGUCCUGAGUGAAAUUUUCCCUGGUGGGAUCAGAGGACGAGCCAUGGCUUUGACUUCUAGCAUGAACUGGGGUAUAAAUCUCCUCAUCUCCUUGACAUUUUUGACUGUAACUGAGCUCAUUGGCUUGUCCUGGGUGUGCUUCAUUUACACAAUAAUGAGCCUAGCAUCCCUGGCUUUUGUUAUUGUAUUUAUACCAGAGACAAAAGGAUGCUCUUUGGAACAGAUAUCUAUGGAACUAGCUAAACAGAAAUACGCGAAGACCCCCUUGUGCUGGAUGAGCCAGCGCAGAGAGAAGCUGGUGCCGGUGGAACUUGCCAAGAGAGAGAAAGAGCAGCUCUACUAGGCCCGGGGCAAUCAGAGCAGCCUUCACCAAAAGACUGAUAAAAAGGAAAAAAAGUUCAGUGAUGCUCACACUCUGAUGGGACACAUGGUAUCUUUAUUAUACACGAGAUAUUCUCUUUUUCAUUUCUUAGUAGAAUGUCUUUCAGUGGCAGUUUACAGCCAACAUUAAAGAUUGUUGUAGUUUAUAACUGACUGGAAGGCUAGGCUCUCUCUGUUUCAAACCACCAUCCCUCAUCGCCCCAGAGGUUACCCACCUCUUACAGACAGGAGGUGAAUGGAAAUUGGAAUAUUGUGCACAAUUCUAGUUAUCCAUAUUCCACAAGAGUUCGGUCUGGCAGAGGUCCAAGGAACAACUGAGAUGCCAAGGAGAAAGAAGGGUCUCACAGGAGGAGCCCACCAAAGACAGGUCGGUUUAGUCUAGCAAAGAAGGGACUGAAAAGGGUUAACAACUAGGGCAGUACCUUAGGGAAGACAACACUAUGGAGAGAAAAAAUGGACAACUCUAGAGUGUAAAGGAUAAUGGUAGUGCAGAACAGCUGGGUAUGAACUGUUUACUAAUUAAUUUAGGUUUCAGCUUAAUAAUACUUGGAAAAGGAUCUUGUUUAUCAAAACUUAAUUAUUUAGAACACAGAGCAUGUUCAGCUUGUAAGAGGAGCUUUACACACAGUUUCCCAGGAGGGCCAGGAUUCAGUGACAUAGGAAAAGGCACUACGCCCCAGAAAACCUAGUCAAAUUGUUUGGGGGUAGGGGUGGAAUUUCCAUAAUCAAUUAUGCUUGAUUUAAUGUGACCUAACAGAAGAGGAGAUAGGAUUUCUUUGUCCCAGAAAAGUUGGAAGCUGCAAGUACUAGAGUUGAUGCCAAAAUAAUUUUAUUUCUCAACAUGGGGCACACUAGACUUUGACUUUUGGAUUCAGAAAGCAAAAAUUGUGUGGUACAGGGCAGCACAAAGGGAGUUAGGAAACCAUAAUCACUGCAAAUAAUAAACUACGUCAAAUUCUUGUUUAUUGCUUAGCAAGUGUAUCCUGAUACUCAACAAGCCUCUACAACGGGUUAUUUAUAUGGCUCCCAUAAGAGAACACAAGUAAUUUUUUCUUAGAAGGUUAAUAGAUUUUGUUAGAAUGAUCAGUAGAUAAAUAUUUAUUAGCAGACAAAUAAAUGGCUCUUUGUUUAAAGAAAAAAAAAAUGCUUUAAAAACAUGCUGGCUGUCUCAGCAGCCACACAACAGCAGCUCUUCCAGCAUUUAAUUGAGGAAGCAAGACUGACACUGUCAGCUGGACUGCAGAUAACUGCUUCGAACUAAGCACAUGAUCCCACUUUAUUUGCUGCCUCAUAUCACUAAAACCACCUGACAGUGUCCUGCACUGAAGGAACAGUGACUCACCGAUCUAGCUAAAGUUUUACUUCUGAGAAGAGCGGACCAGUUCUGAUCAGAUUCUCACAUGGUCACACUUCUAAAUAGAUACUGACAUCGUAAAUUUGUAGGAGCACAUCUAUUCAGACAGUGAGCACGUGUUCAAAACCUGAAAAUAAACUAUUGAAGCCAA